GGUCAGUACUCACUAAUGUGUUGUGGUGUUGUGAUAGAAGAUUUAAAGCUGAGCAGAAGCUCGUUUUAGCCCUGAAGACGAAAAUCAGCACCCGAAAGUCAAGGAUAUUAUUAUAAGCAGAAUUGAACAGAGAAUUGCCGAUAGCUGAUUCAAGAAAUGAAAGAUCCUGUAAAAGCUUCAUAUAUUUGGUAGCACGCUAACCUAAAUGUGGUAUAUCAUCGUGUAAAUCUUAAUUGGACGGUUYUUCCUGGCUCAAUUGGUCGUGUACUUAGUGGUUUUCUUAUMAUUUGUACUGGACAAACCGUUCUUAUGGURCGCUAACCUCGACGUGGUUUAUCACCGAGUAAAGAAUAUUUGGUCGCUUCUUGUUGGCUUUUUGUAGUCUUCGCUGCUCAUGCAUAUGGAACGUUAGCCUUAUCGUGGUACGAUAUCGAAUAGAGGGUACUUAGACAGUYCCUUGGUCGUUUGUUUUUACAGAACUCGUUACUCUUGGCACACCGCUCGCUAGGUAAUAAAACCUGACUCUGUAUCUAAGAGAGAUCUAAAGGCUUUGAGCAUUUUUCUCGCUUUGCUGUGUCACCGUUUCAAUUGAAAUCCCUUGUUCCACAAUCACAGUUAUAUUGGACUACGUUUACUAUCAUUACCAUUGAAAACGGUCUAACUAUAUUACCGAUUUAAAGACUUCAGUGAGCUGGUCUUCCACAGUUUAUUGAGACACUCUUCAUAAAGACUUCAUUUAAAAUUGCUGAUUGGUUUGGAAGUCUUCCUUUCAAGCUCAAAGUUCUAAUAACAUCGCCUUCAUACUUAUCAACAAAAGAAGAAKAAUUUGACUUCAUAAUCUGUGUUUUCAUCAAUAUUAUCCAUUGGAGACACAACAUUAUUUCAACAGRGAUCGGCAGCUGUAUUUUUCAUUGGUCACWGGCUUUGUGUACGUUCUGAGCUUCUUAACUUGGAUUAAAACUUGAAAACKCCUUKGGAAGCAUUAUAAAAGCAAUUUURWAAUAUCGUAGAGCGUUGGGUWCCCUGUGCGACCCGUUCCUCUACAAACAAUGCCGCUGAACUAUCUGACCGGCCAACACAUCAAUGACAUUUUAAAGAAGUCAAACCUUGAGGAGCUACCUUUGUGGUUUAUAGCACUCGGUUGGGUAAUAACCAUUAUAAACAUUAUUGCCAAUAGUAUCUUAAUAUUUGUCAUCAGAAGACAUUUCAUGGACAACACKCACUAYUGGUUUACMUUUUCUCUAGCAACCGCUGACCUUCUGAUCGGGUUCUCAAUUUUUCCAUCGAUCUUCUUUUGCAAUGUUUUCAGCACACASCCUUGUGAUUGGUACGUUCAAGUCUUUGUCUUCAGCUCUUUUAUUUAUGUAUCAGUUAGUAGCGUUAUUACAACCAUAUUUGGRCAUUAUAUAACAAUGGCGUUUCCUUUGAGGUACGCAACACUUAUGAAGUCAUCAAGGGUCUGGAAAAUAAUUUUGGUCUCAUGGGUAACGCCGCUGUUUCUUGGAUUGCUGCCUAUUUCGUGGAAAAAUUUAGUACAUGAUAAAGAGAUAUCAAAGGCAACGGAAAAGUACUAUGCUUGUAUGCUGAUUAUCUUCGAAAUCGUUCCUUUCUUGAUUUUUCUCUUGAUGUCUUUUCAUUUAAUCAAAAUUGUUAAAACCCAAAAGAACAAAAUCCAAGCGCAUUGUAAUGUGCAAGGUCAUCUAAGCCCUGCCCCUGUCCGUAAAAGCUUCGAUACCAAAAACAGUAGUAGCAGUGUUACUAAAAAUAACUUUGACGUCACUGACAUUUCUAUGAAUCAAGACAGUGCUUUCUCAAUCUCAAAACCCGAACUCUCUGAUGGAAUAAACCCGCCAUGCGAAUCUUUUUCGCCAAUUCCUGAAACUACACAAAAGACCAACAUUACGGACAAAAGAGAAGAAAUGAAGACGAAUCGCCCGAACUACCUAUAUUCGUUAAACAACUGGCUUCCUUCGUUGCCRAGGAGACCAAGCUCAGAAACAAAAACCAGUUUGGACAUGAGUGACUUCACUUCUUCAAUUUCAUUGUCUAAUUCCAAGGAAAUAUUAAAYCGUAUUCGCAUUCGACAAUUUCGUGAUCAAAGACAUCGGUCGGCACUGAUAAGCUGUUUAUUGGCCGUGUUUGUGAUUUGUUAUAUUUUAACUCUAGCUAAUGCUAGUUGCUUGUUUUUAAACUAUUGUAGUGAACGCCUUCAGAGCAUUAACUUUAAAUUAAUUACAUUAUUCUUCGAGUUACURAACUCUACUCUAAAUCCUUUAUUAUUCAUACUGCUAGCCAAAGAUUUAAGAAGAAAGGUAGCUAAAUUAUUUUURUGUAAAAAAAGAUAAAUUAUUACUGGAAUGUUAUUGUAAAUAUGUACAAAAUAAAAUGUUSAAAUUAUAAUAAUCAAUGUUGCUUGUUUGUAUGAAAAACAACUGAAUUUUUAUUCCAUAAUAUGUUUGG